ACUAUCAUGAGCCGGAAGAGGAGUAAUUGUAGUUGUUACAGACCCUGACAUGACAAGUCAAAUCGCACAGUGAUUCAACAUCUUCUUUGCCUAGGAAGCGAGCAGAUUUCUGAAGGCGUCCCCUCCCCACACCAUCAGCAGCAAUGCAUGGCCGCGUGAAGGUUAAAACUACAGCCCAGCAGGAGGAGGAGAAAAGGAAGGAGCGGGAGAAGAAGCUGAAGAUCUAUGUGGCUGCACGCGACGCCUGCUUUUCCAAGAGGAAGGACGCCGUCUUUGACGACGAGGCUCUGCAGCUGACUCAGCAGCUCCUUUCGUCGAACCCUGACUUUGCAACCCUCUGGAACUACCGAAGGGAAAUCCUGACGCAUCUGGAAACUGUCAAGGACGAGGAUGAGGUGCAGAAGAUCUAUGAGGCCGAGUUGUCCUUCCUGGAGUCUUGCCUGAAAGUGAAUCCAAAGUCUUACGGCAGCUGGCACCACCGAGGCUGGGUCUCAGCCCGUCUGCCUCGCCCGGCCUGGGCCAGAGAGCUGAGCCUGUGCGAUCGCUGCUUAAGCCUCGACGACCGCAACUUCCACUGCUGGGAUUACCGGCGCAUGGUCGUGAAGAUGUCCGACGUGCCGGUGAAGCAGGAGCUGGAGUUCACCGAUCGCCUCAUAGGCUCCAACUUCUCCAACUAUUCCAGCUGGCACUACCGCAGCACCCUGCUGCCGCUGCUCCACCCAGAGUCUCCCGAGCGCCCCUCGCAGCGAGGCGACCCUCCUCACUCCCCCUCUCCGCCCUGCCCCCAGACCCACUCCCAUCGGGUGUGCGAGGAGCAGCUGCUCAAAGAGUAUGAGCUGGUGCAGAACGCCUUUUUCACCGACCCAAAUGACCAGAGCGCUUGGUUCUAUUACCGCUGGCUUCUAGGCAGAGCGGAGCGUGAGGAGAUGAUCAGCUGUGUGUACGUCAGUCGGGAGGAGGAGAGAGUCGCCGUCGCCUUCUCCAGGCCUGUCAAUGCGCGGUCGGGCGUCCUGCUCCUGGUCCUUGACGGCCAGCCUCAGAGAGUGGAGUGGCGCAGCGUCCACCCACACUUCAAACACAGUCCAGUCUGGAUCUGCGACCUUCCUCCAGGAACGAUAAGCGAUAUCACCAACGAACACAAUCUGACCGUGCAUUGGACUGAAAAACACGCCCACCGGGACUGUGCCCUGUACACGGGCCGGAGCGAGAGCUGGUGCCGGGACACUGCUACAGACCUCGAACUGUUCAGGAGCGAACUCUCUGUAGAGAAGACCUCGGUGUUGCAGUCGGAGCUGCAGUCCGUCAACCAGCUACAAGAACUGGAGCCCCUGAAUAAAUGGUGCUUGCUGACCAUUAUCCUCCUGAUGAGGGCACUAGACCCUCUUGGGUACGAGAAGGAGACCCUCGCUCAUUUCCAGACACUCAAAGAAGUGGACUCCAUGCGCUCUGCAUAUUACGGUGACCUGUGCAGCAAGUUCAUGAUCGAGAACACCAUCCUGAAAAUGGAGUACGCCGAAGUGCGAGUCUUCAGCAUUUCCGACAGGAACCUGACCACGUUAUGCCACCUGGACCAGCUGUUAUUAGUCACUCACAUCAACCUGUCGUCCAAUCAGCUGCGGCGGCUGCCUCCGCAGUUUGCGAUGCUGCAGUGCUUGGAGGUUGUGGAGGCUGAUAACAACUCAAUAGAGAACCUGGAGGGAGUUUAUCACCUUCCCAAACUGGAGGAAGUCUCCUUGAAGAACAACCAGAUUUCCACGCCGGCAGAUCUUCAGCCUCUGGCCUCCUGCCCCAAGCUGAAGCGCCUUGAUCUCCGCGGCAACCCCGUCACUCAGACGGCCAACGUGGAGUCGGAGUUGGCCGAGCUGCUGCCCUCCGUCACGGACCUCCUGCUCUGAUCAGAGGCGCCGCCGUCAGCGCCCUGUCGUUCACUCGUCUGUCCGUCUUCGGCUGUGUUCGGUAGCAGAAUGAAAACCUCAGUCUUCUCUCUCUCUCUCUCUCUCUCGCGCUCUUUUUUUUAUUAUUUUGUUUAUUAAGUGUUUAUUAAGUGUCUCGUGCCUCUGUUUGUUGGGAGACUGUCAGUCACAGCCAACGCUCCGAGCUCUGACAGCAGGAUGGUUCAGAGCGGAUUCGUCUAACACCUGUCUCACUCUAAGUCUCACUCUUAAGUCUACAGUCAAAUGUUUUAAUGUGAGGGAGUGAAUGCACGAUAACGCACAACGCGUUUCUUGGUCCGUGCGCUCUGUACGGAUGUCCCGUCUCGUAAUGCAUGCAGAAACACGGAGGAGGUGUGAAGUGGAUAUGGAUCGGCGUGCGGCAAUGCUGGCUCACGGCUCCUGCAGGUUGAUUGGAGCAUCAUGUAGUUCUCGUUCUCACUGUUUUUAACGGUUACCCGAAACAUUUAAACGACAAUAUACUGUUGCACAGUAGAUUCAAUAAAGAACAGCACACAUUGUGUCAUUGCCUUCCA